CGGUUCCCACAGGCGGAGAGAGACCGGGAGGCGCUGUAGAGCCCGUCAGUGAGUCUGAGCGUCAGAGGCUACGGAAUAAACGCGAUUCACAGCAGAGCGAAAACGGGCUGAUCUGAACGCCUCGUUUUAUGCCUUCCUUUCCCUCUCAGCCAGUCGCAAUGCGAGACCAGACCCAUGAUAUCUCUCACACAACGCCACUGAAACUAGGAGGAAUAAACUGAUUAAAUAAAAUAAAAGAGAAGAAGACAUUUUUUAUAACAAAGUAAUAGACGGGAGAGAUGCAGCCCGUUGGCUCGUUUCUUCCCGGUAAAACCGGUACUUCGCAUUUCGAUCCGGUGGUUUUUAUCAAACGGCCGCGGACCAUCCUCAGACUACUGUGCUGGGUGAGCGACAAAUCAACGAGACUCGUAUUCUCUAUGGUCGUGUUCAGCUGUAUAGUGAACGAAGGCUACAUGAACAUCGGCAGCGAGCGGUUGCUAUGCGUCUUCAAUAAGAACGCGGACGCCUGUAACUACGGCGUUACCGUGGGCGUGGUCUGUUUCCUAGGCAGCGUCUGCUUCCUGGUUGUGGACAUCUACUUCCCCACCAUCCACAGUGUCCGACUCAGGAGGAGAGCAACUCUCAUCGACAUGGUCUUCUCUGCCCUGGCCAGUUUCCUGUGGUUCGUGGGCUUCUGUUUCCUGGCCAAUCAGUGGCAGCAGACGACAGAAGAAGAGCUCCCAUUGGCUCAGGGCGCCGACGCCGCCAGGGCCACUGUUACCUUCUGCUUCUUCUCCAUCCUCACCUGGGCUGGCCUGACGGCGCUCGCCCUCCAGACGUUCAUCAACCUGUUCCAAAACUUCAGCCUCUUCACCGAUCAGCUCGACGACAACGCCGGUUACCGCGACAACGCCCGCGGCGCGCCCGUCGCCAACGGAGUCACCGUAGUAACCACCAACCCUUACCAGCAGGCGCCUCCCUUCAGCGAAACUCUGAGUCUGGACCCUUCUGCCCUCACGCCUGCUCCUGUCUUCUAGAGAGGAGAGAGGAUAGAGAGAGAGGAGAGAGAGAGAGGAGAGAGAUGGAGAGAGGGAGAGGAGAGAGGGGGAGAUGGAGAGAGAGAGGAGAGAGA